AUGUUCGAUCCGCUGGGCCUGAUCUCCCCGAUUGUCAUUCGGGCCAAGAUGAUGAUGCAGGAAUUAUGGUUGCAGAAAGCUGGUUGGGACGAGUAUGUUCCAGAUACUAUCUGUAAGAAAUGGAAAACAAUACAAGAGGAUUGGCAACUCAUCUCUAAAUUCAAGGUUAGUCGUUAUGCGCUUCUACCUGGUGCGCGUAUUCAGCUACAUACCUUCUGUGAUGCAUCGGAGGCAGCAUAUGGAGCCUGCAUUUAUGCGCGUUGUGAAGGCGAAGGUGGGCAGAUUCGCAUAACGUUGCUUUCUUCCAAAUCGCGUGUGGCACCGCUCAAGCGCGUCACACUACCCCGCCUUGAACUAUGCGCUGCUGUAUUAGGAGCACACCUGCAUCACCGAGUAAAGAAGGCGAUGGGGAUCAACGUUGCAGAAUCUUUCUUUUGGUCGGAUUCCACCAUCACCUUAACCUGGAUCAGCGCCACACCCAACACAUGGGCAACGUUUGUGGCUAACCGGGUAUCUGAAGUACAGCAUUACUCACACCCGCGGCAGUGGAGACAUGUACCCGGCGCGUCUAAUCCUGCUGACCUGGUUUCACGAGGCAUGUCAGCCGCUGAUUUCCUGAAAAGCAAACUGUGGAGCUUCGGUCCGGAUUGGCUAUCUUUGCCCGCUUCCAUCUGGCCCAACUCUAACCCGGAACCAGCCAACGAAACGAAUCUAGAGAUUCGCCAGCUGCAUUACACAGAUUCACAGCACGACGCGGUUUACCGGCACACAUACAUUCGGACAACGGGAAAAACUUCGAAGGCGCGGCGAGGGAGCUUCACGAGCUGUUCGAAAUGUUUCGCGAUGAACAGCAGCUACAUCUAA